AUUGACAACUUUGUCUGUAUUUUGUCUUGAUACCUUGAUAUUAUCUCAAGCAAGGACUCUAUCUUACAUUGCUACAUUGCUACAUACAAGAUUGUAAUAAUACUCACCUACUUUCAACCUCAUUCAAGUCAUUCAAUUGAUUCUGAUACUUCAAUCUCACUUCCACAAUGGCGUCUCUCCGCACAAGUGCACGAUGUGCACGCUCGAUAUUUGCCGCCUCACGACCAGCUUUCAGAACACAGAUGCGUACUAUGGCAACAGUCCAAAGCCAAACAGCUGUCGACAGCCCUACCAUUUCACCAUCCCGUCCUGUCGAACCUGCUUCUAAGACAUCUACUGUCAAGGAACCUGAAGCCGAUUCUAACUCUUUGAUCAAGACAUUCCACAUUUACCGAUGGAAUCCAGAUGAGCCAGCUAGCAAGCCCCGCAUGCAAUCAUAUACUUUGGACCUCAACAAGACUGGACCCAUGAUGUUGGAUGCGCUCAUUAGAAUUAAGAACGAAGUCGACCCUACUCUUACAUUCCGACGAUCUUGCAGAGAAGGUAUUUGCGGUAGCUGUGCAAUGAACAUUGACGGAGUAAACACACUGGCUUGUUUGUGUAUGUUAAAAAUUCAUUGACAUCAUGAAGUACACUUGCUAACAACUUGCUUUACAGGUCGCAUUCCUAGAGACGCCAAGCACGAGACCAAGAUCUACCCACUACCCCACACCUAUGUCGUCAAGGACAUUGUUCCUGAUCUGACCCAAUUUUAUAAGCAAUACAAGUCGAUUAAGCCAUACCUUCAACACACCGACCCAGCACCAGGAGGAAAGGAAUAUUUGCAAUCUAAGGAGGAACGUAAGAAGCUUGAUGGUCUUUAUGAGUGCAUUCUUUGCGCAUGUUGUUCGACAUCUUGCCCCUCCUACUGGUGGAACAGCGAAGAGUACUUGGGACCAGCUAUCUUAUUGCAAAGUUACAGAUGGUUAGCAGAUUCCCGUGAUCAGAAGAAGGAAGAGCGUAAGGCAGCUUUGGACAACAGCAUGAGUUUGUACAGAUGUCACACAAUUCUCAACUGCUCGAGAACAUGUCCCAAGGGAUUGAAUCCAGGUUUGGCAAUUGCGGAGAUCAAGAAGGAAAUGGCUUUCUAAGAAGUCUUUAGCGAGAUGAUAUCAAUUUGGGGGAUAUGAUGGGAAAGCAUUUGAGCAAUGGGUUGUGGUGUUUUAGGGCGGUUACUGCUAAGUCAGUUUGUGUAGAUAAUGAGAUUAACAUGAAUUUAUCAGCACAUGUUUUGUUUUCGUCUUUGA